AUGGCGAACCAAGGCUACGAUGUUGUCGUAGACGUUGAUGCAGAGGGCGACCUCGGCCACACCGAUCUUCAGGAAGACCUCGAAUUCCAUCCUUCCAACUUCGAAAAUGAUCCCCGAAGCGCCAAAAUCCAAUCCGACUCGGCACCUUUCCUAGGCGGUAGCGGCGAUCGUGGCGGCGGCGGAGGUUCUUCUCGCGGCGGCGGAAGAGGAGAGCACGGAGGGUUCACCAAGCACCGAUGGUGGUCGAUCCACUACUACUCGCAGUACUUUGACGUCGACACGAACGAGGUGCUGCGCCGGUGCACGGCGGCGCUGUACCCGCGGUCCAACUUCCUCGACGUGCUGGAUGGCAACCCGGACCUGUACGGACCGUUCUGGAUCGCGACGACGGUCGUCGUCAUCCUCUUCCUGACGGGCACCGUGUCGCAGUACCUGGCGCGCGAGCACGACAAGCACUUCGAGUAUGACUUCCGCCUGCUGUCGGGCGCCGCGGGUCUCAUCUACGGAUAUACGGGGGUGCUGCCCAUUGCGCUGUGGGGGGCACUGCGCUGGUUCGGCAGUUCGAGCGCCGACCUCAUCGAGUGCUGGGCGCUGUACGGCUACGCGAACCUGGUCUGGAUCGCCGUCGCGCUCGUCAGCUGGAGUCCGCUGACGGCGCUGAACUGGGCGCUUGUCGGAGUCGGCUUUGGCUGGACCGUCUUCUUCCUCCUGCGCAACCUGUACCCGGUGCUUAGCGCGACAGACGCGCGGACGAGCAAGAUCCUGCUCAUCCUGGUGGUGGUUUUGCACGCGGGGUUGGCGAUUGCCAUCAAGAUCCUCUUCUUUGCUCACGGCAGUCCCGUCUCAAAAAAGAACAAGCACCACGACGACGAUGACGACGAUGACCAUGACGAGCAUGACGAUAGAAGACGGAUGCUCUUUUGA